GGCGCACGUAUUCACUGAUCUUGUAACUACUCACCCCCUGUCACCGGAAGUGAACGCGCUUGUCCGGAAAGUCUGUUCCGCACGUGAGAAACAAUCCAAAAUGGAUUUUACAGAAGUUCCCGUGAGUCAGGGAGGCGAAGGUAAAAUAAAGAACAAAAAAGUAAAGAUGAAAGAUGUUAGUAAGGAUGGAGAAGAAGGGAGCAGCGGAGCGGAGAAGACCGAGUCAGAGACGACGACGUUUCCGCCAACAUUCAGUUUGGCUGAAGUCAAGAACAAACAGAGAAGACACCUCAUGUUUAUGAAACUCAAGCAGGAAAAAAGAAAGCAAAAGCUGCAAAUUAGGAAAAAGAAGAGGAAGGAAAGAGAAGCAUUAGGUGACAAGGCGCCGCCAAAGGAGGUCCCUAAAACGAUAGAAAACCAGAGAGUGUUCGACGAGACAACAGUUGACCCAGACGAUGAAGAGGUUGCGUUUGACGAAGGGACUGAUGAAUUUUCUGCGUAUUUCAACGGGCUGACGAACCCCAAAGUGCUCAUCACAACAUCAGACAGGCCCAGAGGGAGGACGACAAGGUUCUGUAAGCAGCUGGCCACAGUGAUCCCAAACGCCCACGUUUACUACAGAAGAGGUUUGGCCCUGAAGAGGAUCAUUCCUCAGUGUGUCGCCAGGGACUUUACCUACCUGAUCGUUGUCAAUGAAGACCGCACGAUUCCCAAUGGCUUGGUUCUCUGUCACCUUCCUGAUGGGCCAACUGCGCACUUCAAAGUCAGCAGCGUUCGGUUACGCAAAGAGAUAAAGAGGCUAGGUAAAGAGCCGACCGAACACUAUCCAGAGGUGAUCCUCAACAAUUUCUCAACCCGUCUGGGUCACUCCAUCGGCCGGCUGUUCGCCGCUCUCUUUCCACAGAACCCCCAGUUCGUGGGUCGACAGGUCGCCACCUUUCACAACCAACGAGACUUCAUCUUUUUCAGAUUCCACAGGUACAUCUUCAAGAAUGAGAAGAAAGUUGGUAUUCAGGAGCUGGGACCCCGCUUCACUCUCAAACUCCGAUCUCUUCAGAAGGGAACCUUCGACUCAAAGUAUGGAGAGUAUGAAUGGGUGCUGAAGCGCCAUGAAAUGGAUGCCAGCAGGAGGAAGUUCCAGCUUUGAUUUUACAUUUUUCAUGACAAGUUAUUUAAUAUCUGGCAAACAAUUACUUGUGGACUUGGAUGAAUUGACUAGCCCGUAGUUUUAAGAUCUGUGAUAAAUGUUACAAUUUUUUUUUUGUUGAUCAUUUGUUUUCCCUGAAAAGUAUUUGAGCUUGUAUGGCUUCACCCUUUAGCUUGACUUGAGCUUCAGAGUUAACACCGUUUUAACUGAACUUAUCCAAGUUGUAUCAGUGGGUUGAAAGUUGUAAAUGAGCGAUACAAAACAAAUGUGAAGCUCUAAUACCAGGAUUUACCAUGCCAACAGGUAAAUAUAAAACUAAACUACCAUUUUAGUCAUUGAAGCUUCAACUGCGAACGUCCGUACACAGAUCCUGGUGUUUUCUGUUUAGACAGGAAAAGAGAAAAGUAUCAUUUUCACAGCUGGAAAACACCAUCAUAGGUUGAUCUCACCAGCCUGUAAUGGAAACAUGACCUAAAAGUUGCAGUCAAUGUAAAAAUGGCUACAUGUUCCAUCGGCAUGACAUGAUUUAAGAGGUUAAGCCUUCAUACAUGUUUUGUUUUUCUCACGGUAAUUUAAAUAUUUGUGCAAAUAAACUGUAUUACAACCUG